AAUGAUGUGUACAGUCUGCAAAAGUAAGACAGGUCUCUGUCUUUUGAUAUUAUUUAUAUUCUUUUUAAAAAUUUGCCAUCAAAGUGUAAAUGCUAAACCACAAUCAACUGUAUUAUUCAAUGUUGAAGAUCCAAAAGAAAUGGAAAAGAAACGUAUUGAUGAUAAAAUCAACAUUCACAUAACAGAUAAUUCCAAAAAUCGAAGUCUAAAAAAGCGACAAACUAUACAGAAGAAGAUUUCCAUAAAUUAUAAGAGUAGGGACUAUAUGAUUCCUUGUCGCUUUAAAAUUUGCAAUAUGGGUCGGUGACCCAUCUAAGAGAAAAAUGUAUAAUGAAUGUAUUAACUUAAAAAUUAGAAAAAUUACUAUAUUAUAUAUAUCUAUACUUUUAAUAAAAAGAAAAUAUUUAUUUAC